AUAAGAAGGCAUCGAAUUUCAUUUAAGGUUAUACCAACCAAACCAACCCUUAAGGCCUAAAUAAGGUUCUUUUUUUCUUGCUUCAUCACUAAGGAAUAAGAUGGGAGAAGGUGUUUAUUUGGAUACCAUUUUAGUCCCUUUGAGCCUUUUCAUUACAAUAGUUUACCAUGCUUUUCUCUUCUACACCAUCAAGAACAAACCUUCACGCACAACUUAUGGAAUUGAUAGGUUAAGGAGGAACACUUGGGGUCUCAAUUUAGAUCAGGGUGAUGAUAAAAAGGCUAUGCUAUGUGUACAAAGCUUGAGGAACACUCUUAUGGCGACAAUUCUCACAGCAACUAUAACAAUUCUUGUAAACAUGGCUUUGGCAGCUUUGAACAACAAUGCUUUCAAUGCAAGUCAUCUCUUUACAAGUGAAUUUUUCGGUUCGAAAUCGGAUAAAAUCUUCCUUUUGAAAUAUGGUUCAGCAUCAAUUUGUUUGUUGAUUAGUUUCUUAUGCAGCUCAAUGGCCAUAGGGUUUCUAAUUGAUGCAAAUUUUUUGAUGAAUGCUUAUGGAGAUUUUUUGUCCGGUGGUUACACACAAAGUGUGUUAGAAAAAGGGUUUACCUUAGCUUUUGUUGGGAAUAGAAUAUUUUGUGUUGCCAUUCCUUUGAUGCUUUGGAUGUUAGGUCCUGUGCUUGUGUUUUUAGCUUGCAUAGCUUUGGUUUGUUUGUUGCAUGAGUUUGAUUAUGUCCCUAAAAUUCCACAUAGUCAGAAACGAUGUAACAAUGUAAAAUGAACUAUAAUAAGCAAAUUAUUAUUAUUAGUAUAGAGGUUUAGUUUUUAUGUAAA